UGUGUAGUGUAAGGGUGUAUGUGUGCGAUCACUUAAUGUGUUUAUUGAAGGGGUUAGCUUCUAUAGCCCCAACCCAUACCAUGGGAUGAGGGAAGGAAAAUUACCUCUAAGGACUGUACUUCAGAAUUUUAUUAAUCAUGUGGAUAGUUUAGAAGGCAAGAGGAACGAGGGUGAUGAUCAGUACGAGCUGGAGUUCCAGGAACUCAAGCUGCUGACUGAAAGCUUGAAGUCCAGACCUGACUACUGCUGUCUCGAGGGUGAGAAGGAUGUCAAUCGUCGCAAGAACAGAUACAAGGACAUCUUACCAUAUGACUACACUCGCGUGGUGCUGAGUAGCUUCCCUGGCGUGCCAGGUAGUGACUACAUCAAUGCUAACUACAUCAGAGGGGCCAGCGGCUCCCGGGCCUACAUCGGCUCUCAGGGACCGCUGCCCCACACGGUGCCAGACUUCUGGAGGAUGGUGGUGGAGUGUGAGGUUCAGGUCAUUAUUAUGGCAUCCAACGAGACGGAAGGUGGCAAACACAAGUGUGAGUGUUACUGGGUAAACAGCCAGAACGAGGAGAGGCAGUUUGGUAACGUAACUGUGUCGUUCGUAAAGGCUCGACAGGUGUGUCCAGACUUCAUGGUCAGAACUCUCAAGAUAAAGUACACAUCUGACUCUGGCAAAACGGAAGAACGUACAAUCUGCCAGUUCCAUUAUGUGCUGUGGCCUGAUCAUGGAGUGCCAGAGACCGUACGACCACUGCUGGAUAUGGUGCGUCUUGUGCGUGACUGUCAGGCCUCAGAGACCUUACCUGUGCUGGUACACUGCUCAGCAGGCUGUGGCAGAACGGGAACCAUAUGUGCCAUUGAUUAUGUAUGGGGGCUCCUCAGAGCAGGGAGGUUAACAGAAAACCUGGAUCUAUUUGGCCUUGUUAAAGACAUGCGACGACAAAGAGUGGCUAUGGUCCAGACCAGGGAGCAAUAUAUUCUUUUACACAGAGCUGUUCGAGAACUCUUUAAAGAGAGACUAAAAGUGAUCGAUGCUCAUCCGUAUGAGAACGUCGCCACUGAUGGUACACCGCUCAUCCUCCGUGAGAAGGAAAGUGACUAUGAAGAGCUCUAUGUGAAGCCUGAAAAACAAGUAAAUAUUAAUUUAAGCAAGAAUAAUGUGGCAUAUUUUAACAAUUGUUAUUGUUUCUUUUCAACAGAUUACAUGGCUUCGAGUUCACCAAUUGGUACGCUAGAGCGGCCACUGAUUACUGUUCCUCCUUUGCCUCUGAAGCUUUCCAAGCCUCCUGCCAUUAUUCAGUUCCCUGGACCCCAUGCUACACCAGCCCCUCAACCAUCACCCAUUCACAGUCAUUCAUCACCCAUGCCUCAAGCGUCUCCUGUUUCUCUUCCAUCUCCUAGCCAAGCACAGAUUAGUUAUACAGUGCCUUCUACAGCUUGUUUCCCAUCAAACGUUAUGCAAUCCACAUCUAUCUUCACCAAUUCCUGCUACUCCAGCACCCAGGCAUCAGUUUCACAAUCAUCAUCAAACCAUUUGCUUACCCCUCAUUCCAAUACAAAGAUGGGUGUACAUCCCUCAUCAAAGCUUGAAAAAGAUGCAGAAAAUGCUGCCCACAAAAGGCAAGUUACCCAACCGUCAUUAUCCUCUCCCACUGGCAGUGGUCCACAAAGAGGUAUAUUGGCGUCUUUGCUAUCAGCAAGCCCGCAUUCUCUGUCAUCUAGCAAUUCAACACCAGCUGCCACUCCAAAUACUACUCCAACACCCCUACAUGGACUUGGCCUCUCCUCGCUACCCAUUCCCACAAAGAGUAGAACACCAUCUCCAAGGAUUACACAUAGAAAGCCAUCUGAAAAUCAAACAGAAAAUCAAGGAUUUAAUAAUGAAAAUAAUAAUUCAGAUGAGGAUGCAGUGAAUAAGAAUGCUGAAAUUAUUCGCAGACCUAGUAUUGCAAAGCUUAAGGAACUCUUUGAAAAAAGUGGAGAUGUAGAAACACAAGGUAUAAGAUUGUCAAGAAGUGCAAGCAGUGUAACAUCAAGAACUAACCUCAGCGUUCAUCCAGACCCAGAAGGAGGCUUUCGAGUUAAACGUAAAAGUAGUCUUGGAGCAGAAGAGACUUUACAGUCAAAAAAAGCAUACGAAAUUAUUGAAAAAUCCCGACAACAAAAUUUAUGCCCAUCUUCACUGCAAGAUUCGUCCAAAAUGCAUAUGGCUUCAACUGCUCCAGUUACUGUUGUAAGUGCCUCUAAACCGCCCUCUAGUCCAGUGUACUCCAGUCCCGUUUCUCGUAGACGGGGAAGUCAUGCCAUGAGUGAGUCUCAAGAAGAUGGGUCAACUUCGGCUUUGUUAGCACGAGUAGAUGACAGGCCAGCAUUGCCUGUUAAAAAAAGUAAGUCGUUCAGGUAUGCCCGACCUGUUGAUUCUACAACUAACACCAUUGCAUCAACCAGGAGUCCUGAGCUGGCUAGAAAGAAAGCAGAUAUAAAUACAUAUUUCAGUCUUGAUCGAGGUAAGGGAGACAACUCUGCCCUCAGCAAGUCUGAGAGCGGAAGUGUAAACUUCAUAGGAGACAUUCCUUCACCAAGAGAAGGGUUCAAAUUAUCUGUGUAUCAAAUACCUAAUGUUUCUAGUGCACCCCAUUCCUUUAAUUCAAAAGAGCAAAGGGUACCUGAAAAUAAGACUGACAUAAAACCACAGAUACCUCCUAAAAGGAUAAUUGGAGAACGCUUAAGGAGCUUUCAUCUUCCAGAGUCACUCUAUAUUACAACAACUCAGUCUUACCCACAGUCUCCUGUGCUGCCAACAACAGCUGCAUCUCACAUCCCACAGACUGCACCUAUAAUGGUUUCAUCCAUGUAUGAGAAUCCACUCUUUUGGAAUAGUUCUCAGCAAAACCAAAUGGAUAAAUCCAUAUAUGACUGCCCAAAGGACCUUCAGGUUGUAUCACGAAAUGAUUAUGAUAAUCUUCCUCCAGUACUAACUGUGACGACUAUUCCUAGCACUCGAGUAUCACAGGCUUCUCCAGGAGCUGAUGGUAAACUAUCUACUAAAACCUCCGGUGUAUCACCAUCGUCGACACCAAGACCAUCUCCAACUUCAGAGCUCAAUCAAGAUGAAACUACAAGUAAAGAAUAUGUGAAUGCUAGAGUAGUUAGAAAUCCCAAAUCAGAUACAAAAGAAGCUACAAGGUAUGUUUACGUACCAUUGCCCUCUAAAAGGGGUUCACGAGACAACAAAGAACCCCAUGAAUAUGCUAAUUGUCCACUAAGUGGACUUUCACAACCUGAUUCUGUUGAAGAAGACCCAUCUGACUUCUAUAUGGAUCCUCAUGUUCUAAAGAAGGGAAUCACUGGCAAGUUUCCUGUGUAUGAUGAGGUAAUACCCUCAUCUCAGAGUAAACCUGAGGCUUCUCUUUUGAAAUCUACCUCCAGAGAGAAAAUUCCCCUCUUGUUAUCAGCUUCUACAACACCCAUCUCAGCUACUACACCUGUUUCUGCUACCACUCCAGGAUCUGCAGACUAUGAAAUGAUGGAUUUUGGUGAAUCUAAUGCAAGUGUAGACGAAGUGUUUGAAACUGUAAAUUAUGAAUUGCUAGGUACUAAAGAUAAAAGAAAUCAUAAAAGCACUGACAUAAAGAGAGACUUUUGUUCGAAGAAAGAUCUUGAUCCAAUUGCAAGGCAGGUGUAUCAAGACUGCCAAGAUUACCUUCUCCAUGGCAAUAACAAAUCUCCAGUGCCUUCUCUUAUGCCAAAACUGCCAGAAAAAGAUGCUGACAAAGUAUCUAAAGCAUUAGACAACAGUAGUAAAUGCAGUGAUACAUCUCUAAAUACAAGUAUGGAUGUUGAUGAAGUCAGAAGUAAAGUCAAUGUGGCACCCCAGGGCUUACGGACAAGAGAAAGACGGAACAGUUACAGACAGGCAGUGAAUCCGGUUACUCAGAGUGAGCCUAAAACACAAGAUGAGAAAUCCCAUCCAGCCUUAGAACAUAACAGAAAUAUUCACAAAUAUGAAACCAUUUGGUUUGAGAAUGGAAAGCACAUGACUAGACGGAAUAAUCCAAGUCCCACCAGCCAACAUCAGGCUGCCAAGUCGUCAAGCUUUUCCAAGGAGAAUGAGGAGUCGAAGUCCAAAGGAACUGGAAAUGCUCACAAACAUGCACAACAAUUUGCAGGUGAUGAGCAUGGGCCAAAUUUAAACUAUAAAUCAAACAUCAAGGAUGCUCUCUUCAGAGAAAAGCUUGAAGAGUUGCAUACUCUUGUAAAUAAUUUAGAGCGACAGAAGCCGGUCCGGUUGAAUGCAGCAUCUCCUGGAUCUGUAGAGGAUGAUGCCAACUCCAAAGGCUCUGGGAGCAGUAAUAGUACCCUUCAGUCAUGCUCCACUACAUCGUCUAGAUCAAGCGAGGUCCAAGAACCAAUAUAUGCAAACACUCACAUGCUGCCCAUCGCCCGAUCACUGUCAUCUAAUAAGGUACAGCAGCUUCCUCCAAGAACCUUGAGAAAUCAGGAGCCAAAUGACACAAGAUCACCCCUUCCUCUUCAUCACAGUAGAACUGAAGUUAAGCUGGAUAAUACAGACUCAAAAGUAGGUGCACACUCCCCUCUUGUUAAUGGAAAUUCUAUGUAUGGCACUAUUGCCACAACCACAUUUAGAGCAAAUCCAGCGUCUCAGUCUUUUCAAAACAUGGCACAAAGUCAGGGAAAACCGGCAACACCAUAUCAUAGUGGGGCUUCCACUGCCACACUGCCAGCUCGAACUACUAUAUCUCCAGCUCCAUACCAUAAUAUUCCUCCUCCAAAAGGAUUUGGAAGUGGAACAUCACCCAGUAAUUCUCCCAACCCUCAUCAAGCUCUUCAACAAAAUCGGGAAAAUCGGGAAACCCAGGUAACUUCUCCAUACUACAACAUGGCUUCAUUUACUAGUGGGAAACCCAGUCAGACCCAGAGAAUUGUUCCGGGGCAAGAAGUGCGGCAAGGUGGCAAGCCUGGCAACACUCCAUAUUGCAAACUACCUCCUAAUUCAGCUAUGGUGCGAUCACAAUUUUCCCCUCACCAGCCUACCAGAGCUCAUAUUGUUGGUGACAUUGCCUUUGUUGGUGAAGAAUCGGUGCGUCUAAGAAGGCCGGGUGUUGUGCAGCCACCGAGGGCAGACACAGCCAGUGGGUGCAGCAGUAGCGACUCCCGAGGCUCUGAGGGAGCUCCAGUGGCACCUCCCAGAAUUAAAAGAAAUUCUUCGGCAGGAUUGCCUAGACAUAGUGCAGUUGACUCGUCUUUUGUCCAUAAUGACUGGCAGUGUUUAUCAGAUGUUCAAGACAACUAUUGCCAGACCAUCCUGACAGCCAAGCAGGGAGGGCUGAAGUAUCACUUCUACUAGUGCCAGGCCAGAUAGUUAGGCUGGCGCUGGCUUGCAAUUCCCGCUUAUCUUCACACACACCAUGAAAACAUGACCUGUGCACUCGCGCCAGCCAGCCCGUAGGAUUACACUGGUGUUAGUUCUUGUGUAUUAAUAGACUAAUGUGUGCGUAUAUGCUAAUAAUUGCAAAAGUGUUGUGCUAUUUUUUUUAUUAACUCCUGUGCUUCUUGUGUAGUUACAGUAGUAUUGUAGUAAUACACUCUUAGAGUCUUCUAGAGUAAGUAGUUGAAAAAUAAAAUUGAAUGCACCACACUACUUUAUAUUUCAUGAGUUAUUAACUGUAUUUUUAAGACAAAAAAAUCAUUUUAAUGUAUUUAUUCAGUUUAUAAUUUAUCCAUAUCAUUCAUAUAAAAGAGUAUUUCUGGACAACAGUUAAAUGUUGCCUCAUUGAACAUGGCAGUGUAAGGUCAAUUACUGUAGUCAUGAAGAAUUAUUAUUACUGUUAUUAUUAUUAUUAUUACAAUCAAAAGUAAAUGCUAAACCCACAAGGGUCAUUUGUAAAGAAGUAGUAAGCCUGUAAGUGCUAUAUAGUGCCUGGGGGAAUGGGAAGUAAUCAGCAAGGCACUUAUCUUUAAGAUGGAAGUCUUGUUGCGGCUGAAGAAUUGAUGAUCCAAGGAGUUUAAGAUGUCCCAUCCUUCCUAAGAUUAAAUAUAAUUCAAGUCCUUCCUAUUUCUCAGGCGCUGUAAGGCAUCUACAGGUAUAGUGCUUCCCUACAGCUAUAUUAUAAUCCAACUCAAGUCAGGCAAUGUCAGAAGCAGUGGUAGUGAUAAGGUUACUGAGAUGUUUAGAGAGAGAAAAAAGAGAGCAUGUUGAUGGAGAAUAAAGAAGGCAACAUCAUCUCUCCAUCAAAAUCUCUGUAACCGUCUCACUACCAUUGCUUUUGACGCUACCUUCCUUAAUUCGCAAAUACAUUCUACUAAAUUACACAACUCGAGUCAUGUAUCAUGCAUUUGCACGAGCUCUUAUUGCUGUUAUAUAUUAAUUAUUAUUAUAAGCAAAACUAAGUACUAAACCCACAAGGGUUAUACAUUGCUAUUAUUAUAUAUUAGACUCUUACUUCUUCUCAGGCUCACUCUAGGCAAGGACACAAGAUAAAGUAAUUCCUUGUAAGAAUGUUUAGAUAUUUUGUGAUUACCACUCCUCAAUGUU